GGUUUCACCCCAUCUGUAACCAUGCCCUCCAUAAUUGCACACACCUGCACAGGGUUUAACAUCUUGUGUUUCUUUGUCUAUUUACCUCUUUUAGUGUGUGUAUUGUGUUGGUUAUUGUUAGUCUGCUGUUGUAUGUCAAAACACGUAUGUAGUCAUUGUUAAAUGUUAUUGGUUAUUGUAGUUUUUGUUUAGUUAAAUGUGUACAUGAUGUCUGUCGUUAAUGUUGUGUGUGAGUGCCCUCGUUAUUCGUAUGUUAUGUUAAUUUUAUCUAGGGAGUCUGUGCGUCCUGCUCCACACCCUUCAGCACUCGGGCCAGCAGAAACGUUACAGACUAACCAACCACCACAGGACACCAGCUCCUGGGAAUGUGGGUGCAACCAGUGGCACCAAUUACUCUGGCGAAUCCUGGAAAAAAAACUAAAACAUUAUUACAGCUAAACAUUAUUAUUACACUAAAACAUUAUUACAGCUACUGACAGUUUACUAAUCAAAGAUGAACACUAGUAGGAAUUACUACCUGCAAUCUGAUUUUUAAAAAGCAGGUGGUCUGAUAACACUACAAACACAUCUCUUUCUGUCCAGCGUAAACCCUGCUCUCCCACUGAAUACAAGUAAAAGCCACUGCACAAACACACUGCAAAACACUGCAAAACACAUGAUGGACUGCAAAAAUCAACUACAAAAUACAGAUAGAGGAGGACCCACGAUGGAUGUGGCAAGACAUCCAGUCCAUCACAGAUUACAAAAGGAGAAAUAACAGCAUACACCAGCCAACAGUACUGCCAGCUUAGCAGAGGAACUUAACAUCUUAGCUCAGUUUCACAAAUAUAACAGUCUCUACCUAUUUGGAGAGUCACAGACUCUUGUUCUACACCCUCGUGAGGUGCAGCAGGACCUCCACAACAUCAAUACAUGGGAAGCAACUAGGUGUACAUGGUGGAAACCCCAGGACGGUGCUGGGGCUGAUGGUGUAUGGGUUGCGUAAUUCAGGAUGGUACAAGGGAAUGUAAUCCAGGCCUAUGCUAACCAGCUAGCAGAGGUAUUCACAUAUUUUCAACCUCUCUCUAGCCUUACAUACAUUCACCACAUAGGCCUGUUCCAAAAACACCUAUGGUAACUUGUCCAAGUGCCUAUCAGCCAGUCACUCUCACCCAUUAUUUAUUCUACAUACUUUGAACACCUGGUACUCACCUACAUCAAAGACACUGACCCAGCUGAUCUAAACCAGCACCAGGCAAAGAGAUCAACUGUGGAUACCAUUUGUGUGACUCUGCAUACAGCCUUCUCUCAACUUAGAAAGACACAACACUUACAUCAGGAUGAUCUUCACUGACUAAAGCUCGGCAUUUAAUACUGUCUUACUGUACAAGAUGGCUGACAAACUCUAUGCACUAGGACUAACUCCUUCUAUAUACAACUGGAUACUGGACUUCCUAAUCAGCCAGCCCUAGGCUAUGAGACUGAGCAGCCACACAUACUUGACCUUUACCAUGAGCAUUGGCAUCCCCCACGGAUCUGUGCUGAGACUCUUCUUUUAUGCACUCUUCACACAUCACUGCCAACCCAUCGAAAACUCAAACACGUCUUAAGUGAAGGCACAUACAGGGAAGAGCUGUACAACCUGACAACAUGGUGCACCAACAAUAACCUGGUCUUAAACACCACAAAGACCAAGGGGAUUAUCAUGGAUUUUAGCACUACCAAAAAAUACAACAGUUCUAGGCACAACAAAGCCUUUUGAGGCUAAAAGGAACCAGCCUUACCAAAAAUCUGUCAACUUUUAUAGAUGCACCACAGAGAGCAUCCUAACAUACUGCAGGACAGCCUGGUACAGCAGCUGCACUGAUGUUGACAAAAAAUCCCUCCCAUUGUGAAAAUAGCACAGGAGAUUGAUAGCAUAGAGCUGCUAUCACUGGCAGUAUCAGCUUCACAGCACUCGCUAUGUGAGGACAGCCAAGAACAUCAUAAAAGACAUUAGACACACUGGACAUCAUCUCUUUAAGCUCCUCACAUCAGGAAUGUGCUUCAGAUCAAUCAGCACAUACACAAAUAGAUUUAAAAACAGCCCCUUCCUACAGUCUGUAGCACUACUGAACUCUGAGUUGUCCUCAGUAUGAGAAGACUGAUGUGUUGCUAUCAUUGGUGUAUGUGCAAUGUUUACAUCUCAUUUCAAGUCACUGAAUAUAUGCAAUAUUUCUAAACCAACCUCAUAUCAUUCAAUCUUAUUCAAGGCCAAUACACUGUCCUCCAUAUCUGUCACACCACACUUUACAGCAAGUUGUACUUUAUAUUUUUUGCUUUGUACUUAUAUUGCUUAGAUUAUGCAGUUACAUCACUGAUAUUUUAGAUUUGUUAUCUUAUUCCUGUUUCAUUUUUCUUUGUAAACAUGUGAGUGAUACACUAUCAAGUGCAUUUUCAGUUGAUGCAAUUGCAAUUUUGCUGUUCUUAAAUCUCUUUUCACCCUAUACUUGAGCCUUCAGAAGAUGCCACUACUAUGGGAGAUAUCCUGCUUAAUUCCAAUUCAGAAGAGGGAGCACUUCUGUAUAUGUUCAGACCAGUAACUUGAGGCAUGAGGACAUGGAGGCAUGGGGACUUUUGGCAAAGGAGUGUCGUGGUUUCCUCAUCAGGUGUCACUGUUCUCAUGGCACUAAUGCCAUAUAGUUUUGUUUAUGUUUUUUUCCAUCUGGGGUCUUCCCUGUCUCAUGUUUUAUUAUCCCCAAUGUUUUCACCUGUGUCCUGUUUCAAUGUCCUUUAAUGUCUACCUUAGGAGGAAAGUAGAAGGUGGGAGGCAGGUUGGUGAGAAAUUCCUUAGUCCAACAGAAGGUGGCGACAUAGACUCUUGAGACCACCCUUCCCUUUCAGAUUCUAUUUGCACUGUCCAUCUCUGACAUCAGAGCCCUUACUCUAUAAAGGAAUGGCCCUGAGGUCGGCCAGUUUGCUAAAACCGGCACUUAAUGGAACUGCAGCUGUCUCAACAGAGAAGGAACAUUUGGACUCAAAGGAUGAAGAUAGAAACCAGAGUAGCUGUAUUUACUGGCUCUCUCCUCUUCUGCAUACUCACACAGGUGGCAUGCCAACUCUGUGGAGGAACAUGCCAGUGCCACUGGUCCCCACCUGCAUGUCCGGUUGGCGUUCCCAUGGUUCUGGAUGGAUGUCAGUGCUGCCAGAUGUGUGCAAGACAGGAGGGUGAGCCUUGCUCAGAGAGACACGUCUGCAACACUCAGGGUGGUCUGCAGUGCGACUAUAGCGCGAGCUUCCCAGGGGGGCCAGGAGAAUGUGUCCGGCAGAACAAGCUUGGCUGUGAGCUGGCUGGUGUGAGGUAUGAGGAAGGCCAGUCUUUCCAACCCACCUGCAUGCAGCUGUGCCACUGUUCCGGGGGUGGCAUCACAUGUGUUCCACUCUGCAAUGAAGACCUAAGCUUGCCCAUCACCCACUGCCCAAACCCAAGGCUAGUGCAGGUGCCAGGCAGGUGCUGCAGAGAAUGGGUUUGCGAGGGCAUGGAAAACAGCAUCCUCCUAGAUCAUACUGCAGUCAUCGCAGCUGACCGAGCCGUGGGGUCACAGCAGGAUACCCUGGCGUCUACGCCAGCAGGAUACCCUGGCGUCCACGGGAUCCCGUGGUCCAACUGCAUUGACCAGAACACAGAGUGGAGUGCAUGCUCACGCAGCUGUGGACCAGGUGUCUCCACCCGCAUAUCCAACAGGAACGGGGCCUGCCAUCUACAAACACAGACACGCCUGUGCCAAGUUAGGCCAUGCCACCCAGACACUUCUGAGCCAACCAGCAGAAUCCAGCUGGGAAUGGGUGUGUGUGAUAGCAGCUACUGGCCUCCCCUCCCUGUUCAUCUCAAGCACCGGGGAUGCUACAGCGUGCUCUCCCACAGGCCUUUGUUCUGUGGCACAUGCUCUGACAGUCGCUGCUGCACACCCCAUCGGACCAGAACUGUCGGGAUGGACUUCCGUUGUCCACAGGGAGACAUUGUUGUGCACUGGUUCAUGAUGAUCGAGUCAUGUGUUUGCCACUACCACUGCCCUCAAAUGCCACUGGCCAGCUCCAGAAGAAGGAAAAGAUCUUGGCUCAAGAUGGAUUAAGAACAGAUUGAUUUGACAUUCCCAUUUCUGGGAAACUGGUUUAAAUCUCCAUCUAGUGUAUAUCAGUGCAUUGCUCUGCUGGUAAAGUAUACACUACUAACUGCGUCCAAACAUAACUGGCCCCUAUUAUUUAAAGUAUGCCCUCUGAGACAUAAACAUAAUAACAACCAUAUAAUGCUAACCUAUUGAAAUGUGGGGUUUUUAAGAUAAAUGAGAUGACAAUGAGAUUUACAUUGUCAUAUCAUUCAUUAUGAGUAAGAAAAACAAAACUUCUAUAUUUUAAGCACAAAGCCACAUUUUAAGUGUGAUAACUCCUGCAUAAAUAUCCUGUUAUCAGAAAAUAAUUGUGGAGGAAAAACCACUCAACUGAUGUUGUGCUCCUUAUCUCUGCCUCAUGUGUUAUUUUUUGACAUAGAUGCUUUAGCAGGACGCUGUCAGUAUGGCUUUACAUUGAUAUGGUCAAUUGGUGUGAGAUUUCUGCAGAAUAUAGACCCAGGUUCAUAAGGCGAUAAAAUAAGGAAAAGGCUGAGACUAUGAUUUAAAGACAAAACUUGAAUAUUAGUGUACAAAUAUCAAGAGCUUAUUAUAGACACAUAUUUAAAAUAAUAUAACACAGUUGUAAUAUUGUACUAAAUGUGUGUGUGUGUGCAUUUGUGAUUGCAUGUGCCUGCCAAGUACCUCCUACCAAGAAGGUACCAGGUAAGUGUCAGUUCUUUUUGUGAAAUUCUUCUUUAAAUUAUUUUGCACACAGUAAGUACAAACCUUUCAUGAGAGGAAUGGUGCUCCUUACAGAAGAAUCCAGUACAUCUGAGUUGGUUGUGAACUGGGAUGGUUUUAUUAUGCAAUACAAUUUUUAAAUUAGCAAAAACUAAGUAACAUUCUUAAUAAAUUGAU